UUGGCCAAUCAAAUAACAAACCGGAUAUUAGCCACAACAUUCAAAUGCGCGCCAUUUUUUGCAUUGAGGAAAACACAAGACAUGUUCUCGUUAUAUUUCCCCCAAUAGAAUGCAGUAUUGUCGAUGAUUGUUAAGGAAAGAAAAUGGGAAUAAUAGAAAUCUUUGAAUCUCGUGUACCAUGCUUGUCGGACAUCCUGGAUCUGCAGCGAACUUGUCAGAAGAACCAGUUGAAGUUUUCCACAGACACCAACCGAUACUUGCUGUAUUUAACCCUGAAAAAAGUGGGGCCAUUUGUUGCACAAAAAUUAGUUAGCAAAUUGGUGGAAAAAGGUGAGAUUAAGUGGGACGAUGAUGAUAACUGGGAAGUAGAACAGAUCCUGGAUCAUGUAGAAGAGGAGGGUAAAGAUUUCUACCUCAUAAAGUGGAAAGGUUGGAGCAAUGCUUACAAUUCUUGGGAGCCCAAAGACAAUCUGUCCUGUGAAGACCUUUUAUCAGAGUUCAAAGAGUAUCAAGCUAAAGGCAAAAAGCGCAGGAUGGUGGAUAAUGAAGAUGACCUGGCCCGUCAUCCCAAGCGCAACAGAGUAGAUGAGAUUUUCCACAAACUCGCUCCAGUGCGAGAUACUUUGUCUCCGCUGGGUCUCAUGUCCUUGUCUAGUCCCACCAAGAAAGGAAAGCGUCCGGUGUACAGGGGAAUUAACGGAAAUUACGGAGAACCCAGGAACGUGCUCCGAAAGGCCUCUGCCCCGGGCAUGAAGCAGCUAAACCCAAGAUCCAAAUUCUACAAACAGAAGCGAGUGGAGGUGCAGAAAGCCCUGAAAGACUGGGAGAGACAUUUGAAUGGAAUUAAUUCUGAUCCUGCGGGGAUUGUGGUUGAAAACUUGGUCGACUUGGAGGGUCCCCCUGAGAACUUUGUGUACAUAAAUGACUACCGCUCCGGGGAGGGGAUCACCAUCCCGGACGACCCGAUUGUUGGAUGUGAGUGCGAGGACUGCCACAGUAACCAGAAGACGUGCUGUCCGGCCCAAUGCGGAUCCACUUUUGCGUAUUACAAGAAAAAGAGACUCCGGGUCAUCAGGGGUACCCCCAUCUAUGAAUGUAACAAAAGGUGUAAGUGUGGGCCCGAGUGUCCGAACCGCGUCGUCCAGCAGGGGAGGAAAUUCAAGGUGUGUCUGUUCCGCACGGCCAACGGACGGGGCUGGGGUGUCAAGACGCUACAGAAGAUCAAGGAGGGCUCCUUUGUGGUGGAAUAUGUAGGAGAAGUAAUCACUGACAAGGAGGCUGAGCGGCGAGGGAAGCAGUACGAUGCUGUGGGCAGAACCUACCUCUUUGACCUAGAUUACAACCCCGGGGACUGCCCUUUCACGGUCGAUGCUGGGUACUAUGGCAAUGUGUCUCACUUCAUCAAUCAUUCAUGUGACCCCAACUUAGAAGUGUUUGCUGUGUGGAUCAAUACUCUAGACCCCCGCUUACCUCGUAUAGCUUUGUUCUCCAAGAGAGACAUUGAGAAAGGAGAGGAGCUGACUUUUGACUACAUGAUGACAGGGGACACCACAAAUGCAGCCCCUACUCUGGACAAUGUGGACAUCACAAAACAGGCCAAACUUCUGCAGGCUUCCAGUGCCCAGUCAGUGGAGAUGUCAAACGACCCCAACAACCUGGUCAGCGACGACAACACCGCCACAGAGGACGAAGACACCGCAGACGACACUCAGGGGGAGACCGACACCGCGGUGGAAACAGAAACUGAAUGUGAUACCGCCGACACUGAUGUUGAAAAAGAUGAAGGUAGCAGCCAAAAGAACCGCGAUGAAAGGGAAAGUGAAAGCCAAAAGAACCGCGAUGAAAGGGAAAGUGAAAGCCAAAAGAACCGCGAUGAAAGGGAAAGUGAAACUAGUAGACCAGAAAUGGUUGCCACUGGUGAUGCUCCGAGUGGAAGCGUGGGGAAAAACGUGGAAAACGCUCCAAAGAAGACCCCCGAGAAACUGCUCCCUAAGUCUGUUACCGACCAGUAUAAGAUAGUGUGUCAGUGUGGGGCCAAGAACUGUAGGAAGUACCUGUUCUAAUGGACCACUACUAUCUAAUGUAGCAGUCAUCUUUUUUUUUAGUCAAUUUUCUUUGUGGCAUUUAAUUAUUUUCAUAAAAGGUUUCAAUGUAGUAAUGAAAAAUGACAUAUUUGUCGGAGAAAUCGUUUGAUCUAAAUAAGACAUUUUCGUUGAUCUUAUGAGAUGAAUGGUGCUUUGAAUAUCAGAUUUUUUAAAAGUAAAAUAAUUGUCUUAGGGGUUGAGAGAUCUAGAAUGUGUGCCAAUUCAAUAACAAAUAUUUACCAUAUGAUAAGAUGGUUAGAUGAAAUGAACGUAGCUGUGCAUGUAGAAUUGAAAUUAGAUUUUUUCUGUUAUAUGUGAUCUGAAGGUAGAAAUUUGUAAGAAUGGAAUUUAAAGAGACUUACAAAUAAAAGAGGAAUUUGUUCAUAAUUAACAGGAUCUUUUAAAAAUAAAUUACUGUUAAUGAGUAAUAUAUUUUACGAUUUAUUUCAAAAGAAACCUUUUGUUAAUUUUAUAACAGAGGAUUAAGGAAUUCUUAUCAUGGCUCAAGGCUAAAUUCCGUUGUAAUAUUUAUUUUGUAUUUUAUUAUGAAAUUUGCUAGCAUCAGUCUGAUCAAUAUGUAAUUAUAUGUAUAGUGAAUAAUCAUUUGUAGCUGCAAUCACUGUCUGUGUUCUGAUACUGUAAAGCCUCCAAGAUUAAUUUAAAUGAAUUUGAUAGAUUCAUAAAGACAUUACACAAAUAUAAUACAACUAUAAAUAUGAUUGUCAGAUGGAUGUAAAGUGCAUGGAAAUGUAAUACACGUGAAAUGUUUGUCGAGUGAAACAUGAAGAUGCAAGUUUACCGUAGCUGAUAUUUGUAAAUAAGUGUUUAGUGUGUUUUCUAUUUUUCUCUGCAUAUUGGAAUAUUGUAAUAAAGAACAUGUCUUGAAGUUUAGAAGUUUGCAUGAUAGAACACAGGUUAUAAGAAUGUGUCAAUUUCUAGUGUAAGUAGUUUAGUAAUUUGAGAAUGUCGUGUCAUGGAGGGGAAAACAGCACAGUUUUAUGUUGCUUGUUACGUAGAUUCAUCAUCUCUUGUGUAUCGUCUAUCUUGAGAAAAAUCUUUGUUGGAUUUUUUUUAUUGGCAGGGAAUUUAAAGAAAUACAUGUAUGUUUGCUCAUUAUAUUAGAUAUAGUUUUCUCAUUAAAGUUAUAAUUAAUAUGAGAUAUUUGUGUACUUGUAACAUAUUAUAUUGUAAGCAUGUUUCAAAAGGAAAGUGUCAGAGCAAUUGCAUGUAAAUGGUAGAUAAGUAAAUGUAAACAUGUACACACAAUUUUCCUUGAAUGAAAAAUAGCCUUAGAUAGUCAUAUAUACGUUUGAUUGUAUAUGUGGAAGAAGUAAUAAUGUAAUGUUGUGAAAACUGCUCGAUACUGGGUUCAUUUUAUUGUGCAUAACAAUUUUAUUUUUCAAUCUCUGAUGCCGGGUAAUAUUUGUAACAGCUUGUGGGCCCACCCAUGUUUCCUUGUUGCUUCAAUUAUAAUAACAUGAUGGGAAUGUUUUUGAGAAUACCAACAGAUUGAAAGUAUUUAAAAGAACACAUGACUGUUAACUUAUUUUAAAUGGCUAUUCCAAAUGUAUUAUGUUUGAAUGACGUUUCUAAAAUAAAAACUUGUUUAACUUUGA